AUGGCUGAGCCACAACGCCAAACUACCAUCUCAGCGGGAGAUUGGCAGGGCGAGCAGCUUAGCUCUAAAGCCUCAGCCAAUAAUGAUUUUUCGACUGUUCGAGAACAGGGACUCAGUACUGGAGUCCGAGUGAAGGCAGAAGAUGGAAGGUUGGAUAUCAAUUUUCGAGAGCACAAACCCUGGCUUACUACCUUGAUGAACCAUGUGGAGCAACCUACGCGGCCGGUCGCAGAACAGCAGGAUGAAUUAAACAUCGUUCCCAAAGAAGAGACCAAGUUUUCUUUGAACCUGAACAUUGUGUUACAGGUCGUUGGAUCCCGCGGUGACGUUCAGCCAUUCGUCGCUUUGGGUAAGGAGCUUCAGAAACAUGGACAUCGAGUUCGACUAGCCACACACUUGUCUUUUCGCAAGGAUGUGAAGGGUGCGGGACUCGAAUUCUUCAACAUUGGUGGUAAUCCAGAGGAACUGAUGGCCUUCAUGGUCAAGAACCCUGGUUUGUUGCCGGGCAUGCGCACCAUUCGCAGCGGCGAGAUUCAGAAGCGCCGACGGGAAAUGAAAGCCAUUUUUUCUGGAUGCUGGCGCUCUUGCUAUGAGACUGGAGAUGGGACAGGAAUGCACCAUAUCUCCGAACAUACGCAGGGCGGUGCUGUGGACCGUUAUACACGGCCAUUUGUCGCAGAUGUCAUUAUCGCGAAUCCCCCGGGAUUUGUGCAUUUUAGCUGUGCCGAAAAGCUGGGGAUUCCCUUGAACAUGAUGUUUACGAUGCCCUGGUCCCCGACGCAAUCUUUUCCACACCCGCUGGCCAAUAUUCGCUCACAGAAAACCAAGCCAUCUGUGGCGAACUUUGCUUCAUAUGGGAUAGUGGAGGUAAUGAUGUGGGAAGGACUCGGGGACCUCAUUAACCAUUUCCGCAAGAAGGAAUUGGGCUUGGAUCCGUUGGAUGCCAUCCGGGCACCCAGCAUGAUCCAUCGACUGCAAAUCCCAUAUACUUACCUCUGGUGA